GAUCUCAAAAGUACAAUAGUGGAACACUCUCGCCCUGCGCCAAUUUCACUCGGCCGUGUAACAUUGGUUGAGGCUCGUUCCUCUCUCACAAAAUCACCCCGCAGUGAAGACAACUUGGACCUUUUUAAACUCGUCUGAAUUUUGCCUUUUUUUCUUUCUCAUUUUCCUGCUUUCGUUACGCCCAGUUCCGUCUCUCAUUCGGUCGCUCCGCUUCUCCCCGUCCUCGCCUCAUCCCUCUCCCUCUCAACCACCGAGCAUCCAACUUCAUGAUGCAUCACGAACCGGACGCAAAGAUGUUCGAUCCGGCGACGCAGAAGAAGACGGUCGACUCCGGGGCGCCGGCCUCUGAUAUCGAAGACACUUCCGUUAGCUCGGCAAAGGACAUUCUGGAAAAUGAGGGCGAGGACCCCGUGCUCGCAAUGAAAAUGCACCUCGUUAAUGACGCAAACGAUGAAAUUGGCUGGACAAACUUCCACUGGAAGCUCUUCGUCCUCAACGGCUUCGGCUACGCCGUCGACUCGCUCAUCGCCCUGGUCCAGUCCGUCACCAACGCCGGCGCGAUGCUCGAACUCGGCAAGCCUUCCACCUACUCGAACGCGGGAACCGUCUCGCUCUACGUAGGCCUGCUCAUCGGAGCGAUUUUCUGGGGCUUCGGCGCGGAUAUCAUUGGGCGGAGGAUCGCGUUCAACGUCACGCUGCUCAUCACGUCUCUUGCGACAAUCGUCUCGGGUGCGAGUCCGAAUAUCGAAUCGUGGGGCUUCUUCACUGCGCUAUCUGCGUUUGGAGCUGGCGGUAACCUGGUGCUCGAUCCGACGGUCUUUCUCGAAUUCCUGCCGAGUAAUAAGCAGUGGACGGUUACGGCGCUCGCCUUGUGGUGGGGUUUCGGACAGGCUUUGGUGGGCUUCAUUGCUUGGGGAUUCUUGACUCAGGAGCGAUGGAACUGCACUGAGGGUAUGGACUGCAACUGGUCCAACAACCCCGGCUGGCGCUACGUCUCCUUCACCUCGGGAGCCUUCGUCUUCGUCGCGUCCGUUGCGCGAGUGACCGUCAUGCGCCUGCAGGAGACGCCAAAGUACCUCCUCAGCGUCGGCCGCGAUGAAGACCUAGUGCGCAACUAUCAAAAGAUGGCGCAAAAGUACAACCGACCGUGCUCGCUCACUCUGGAGAAGUUGACGGCGUGCGGCCAGAUCAAGAACGCCGGCCAGAGCAGAAACAACUUCAAGUUUGUGCUUCGCGAGUUGGGCGCUCACGUCAAGGGUCUCUUUUACACCAAAAGAAUGACGCUUAGCACUGUAUUGGUUUGGUUGUCAUGGACGCUGAUCGGUUUGGCUUAUCCCCUGUUUUACGUCUUCCUGCCAUCAUAUCUUGCCUCGAGAGUGCCGGAUAGCACUGAGACGCCCUUCGAAACGUGGCGGAACUACACGUUGACCAACAUUUCUGGCAUUCCCGGUCCGAUCAUCGCUGGUUACCUUGCCAAUCUUCCUCGCAUCGGCCGCAAGUACACUAUGGCCAUGGGCGCUUUGCUCUCAAUGGCUUUCUUCUUCGGCUACACAGCAGUGUCGACCGCUGACCAGAACAUCGGUCUCAGUUGCGCGAUUGCCUGUGCAAUCAAUAUUUACUACGGUACACUCUACGCGUACACCGUCGAGGUUUUCCCAUCAGCCCAUCGCGCCACGGGUAACGGUAUCGCUGUCGCCUUCAACCGUCUCAUGGGUAUCGUAUCUGCUUUUGUUGCGAGCAGUGGCAACACCGCCACGUCGGUUCCUUUGUACGUCUGCGCGGCACUAUUCGGAGUCAUGGCCGGCGUGUCCGCCCUGUUUCCCUUUGAGCCAUAUGGAAAGAGAAGUUCCUAGACUGGCUAGAAGAUUUGAUUUUCACGUCUGGCUGGCAGUGUCGCAUCGAGAAAAACAUAGCCUCCAGACAUUCGAAUGACCUCGACUUUACCUGUCUAUUGGGUAUGUUCUCGUAACAGCGAUACUGGGAGGAGUGAAGAGAGAAAGGAUUGCUUUCAUUCUGGUACCCCAUUCGCAUCUUGCAAAAGAACGCCGCAUCGAGGGGUUGAGGGACUUGAUAUCUAGUCUCGACAGAUUCCUCGGUUUCAACACCCAAUAUUGCGAUUCUAGAGAGAAUCUCGAACAGUACACACGAGAGGCACGAUUCGUUUUGUGGAAGAACGCGAUUGUGCGGCUGGACGUGUUAUUGAUAGUCGAGAUGUCAGAAAGUUCGAUUGCUUCAUUACAAAUCAAGAUACCCCCCAUUAAGUCCAUCUAUUUCCUAUCUCUACUUUGCCUACGUGUACCUCAGUUGGUAAGGUACUUCGGUGGUUGACAACCAUAGAUUUAUGCCUGCAGAUGGAGUUGCGCCAACGACAGAUAAUCAAAUGUUUAGCCUUAACAUCUAUGAGUAACAAAUGACAAAGAAUCAUCUCAGUGCCUUGCGAGAGGUGACUGAUGCUCGCCACCGUUCACCUUGGAAUAACACACCUUCGGCUCGGCCUUCCGCAGAGCUCGGGGCUCUAGGUGUCGCAGGAAGAGGGGCAAGAUACGUGCAGGAUUAAAGAUCGG